AUGUCCGCAGGCUUAGACAUGUCACUUGAUGAAAUUAUUGCGAAGAGGAAACCAAGAGGAACUACUAGGACUGGAGGUCCAACACGCACCGGUGGAAUUUCAAAACGUUCAGGCGGUCCUGUAAGAAAUCCACGAUCACCGCAGAACAGAACUAGACCAUACACUGGAACUUCUUCAACGACGCCAAACAUUGCAGCUUCACCUGAAGGAAAAAUUCUCGUUUCAAAUCUCGCCUACAAAGUGUCAGAGGCGGAUCUUUGGGCGAUCAGUUUCUUUCUUUGGUGCCAAAGCUGGGGUUUACCGUCUACAUAUAAACCUGAAGCGAAAAGGCGACCUUUGUACGAAAAUUUUAUUUUAUCGUCAACGUCCCUUCUUCGUCUUGCGGCUUUGGAACCCGGAGAAUCAGAAACCUUUUCUUACAACACUCUACAAACCGAUCUGCCUUGUUGCUCCUAUGAAAACAAUCCACCUGAUCGCAAAACAAACUCCCUCCCUCCAUACACGCACUUCGACACCCUUACCUCUUUUCAACACCAGGAACUCUUCCAAACGAUGAUCGGCCCUGUACGUCAAGUGAAUCUCAAUUUUGACCAAAGUGGACGUUCGAAGGGAACCGCAUCCGUAGUCUUCGCCAGGAAAAAUGACGCCGUUCGAUCUGUUGAAAAGCUCCGGAAUAUCACACUUGAUG